AUGCGUGAAAACAAGAUGAUGAACGAUAAAAAUAAAGAAACUGGUUUCAAUUCAGAAGACGACAACUAUUCUGUAUUCUCAACAUCAUUGGUGGAAAAUGUGAAUGAUAGUGCGGAGUCGAACUCAAUAACAGAAUUAGAUGAAAAUGAAAAAAAUUGUACUAUGCAAUUUAAUAAGGUGUGGUCUGAUAUGUCUGAUUACUACAUUAAUUUAAUAAAUAGUGCAUCUGACAACAUCGAACAACCUACUAAAAAACGCAAUGACUCUUCAGUUGAUCUGUCAGCUAACAACGAGCAAUGUUUAACAACAGCAUCAAAUACUCGAGUUGAAAAUGUCGAUUGGUGCGUACGCAUUAUGCAUCCAAUUUCGAACACAUUUCGUAUUUAUUAUGACAGUGAUUUUGAGCGGCAGCACAUCAAGUCAGAAAUUCCGAAAUUAACAGAUUGUUUGGGCAACACACGUCUAUAUUUUAGUCCUGCUUCAGCAUUUGCCAAUGGUCAAGUUGAAUGUACAAUAGUAUUCAAAGCUCCUGAUGGUUAUUUUUAUUUUGCUCCUUAUGCAUUUGUUCGUCGUGCUAAUAAAGGUUUUAAAUUCGAAAAUUCUACUGUUUUUUAUUUGGAAAAAGACGCGAAUGAUGACGAAUUUUUCUUUUUGGAGAUGAUCAUUUGUAAAUUAAAAAAUAAUAUGUUUGAAUCUAAUGAUAAACAAGAGCAUAACACAUGUCAAAUUAAACGAUUUCCUUGUGGUACUGUGGUUAAUAUCGAUCAUAAAUUAUUAUCAUCAUGGGGAAUAAAUGAAAAGGAAAAGAAAAUGAACAAAAAUGCUAAACCUGUAACGCCUAACAAAUUGGCCAAACUUCUUAACUCAUAUACUGCACAUAUCGUCUUUCGUCGCACUCAUUGGGAUCCUGUUGAAAAACAAUUUGUUUCGGAACCAGAGAUUUUAUUUUGUUCCAAUGCUUUUACACCAGUUAAUGGCUCAGUUCGAGUACAUCAAUAUGAUUACAGUCCAAAUAAAUUAAAAAUUAAAAAAUUGAUACUUUCACGAAUUUCAUCGCUUCAAAAUAUCAACCAAUAUAAUUUACAAGUAUCAUGUAUUAUGCCGAAAAUGUAUGAAUGUACAAACUUGAAAAACAAAUAUUUGAAGGCUAAAAUACUUACUAGUAGUGAACACGAUUCACGUAUUCAUCCAAACUAUAAGUUUAUGGAUGGUCAAAAACCAGUUGAUUCAAUAUUAAUUCGUGUUGAUCAAUAUGAUUCUACUUUGACGUUUACCGUUAUCAAACGUACAGUGGAGGAAUGGGAAACCGAUUUCAUUUUAAAUCAAGGUUUACCAGUUUCAUCUUCUAAUAUUUCAACGGUUCGGACAGUACCAUUGGAUAGUCCUAGCAUGAAUAGUUUUCGUGUACAGUUACAACUAUGUGAUAAAUCAAGCGAUACUGAUGUUCCAUAUCCAAAAUCAACUGUUAUAUCUGAAUUACAAGAUGAUGGCAAGUUUUGUUGCUUAUAUUGCAAUCAAGCAUCAACACAUGUUAAACGAUCAUUCGAAAAAGAACCUCAAGAACGUACAGGUUCACCGUUGUUGAAAAAUCAAAAACAUACGUAG